AAAUACGAACAUCGUAUGAAUAGUGGAGAAACAAUAUGGCGCGAGUGAAAUGUCACGAUCGUAGAAAGAUGUCAGGAGAAUGUUUACAUUUUCUGUUAUUAAUUCAAAGUUUCACACAAUGUUUUCUUCACACGUUAGCUGUUGAAAGCCAUAGUCAAGCCUUUGUACAGACAGAUAACCACCUUACGUACAUAGGAGAUGGAAGAGAUAUUAAUGGAAUACCUUUAGAAGUUAACCCAGGUCAUACAUAUACUAGUGCUGAAAAUAUUAUUUAUAAAAAUUCUGUAAGACUAGACCCGCCAUGGCUAGAUUUCCAAGAAAGACCAGUUGGAAUGCCAUUCCUGGAACAAGUUGUAGUUCACAAUACAGACAGUAGAAAUGAUUUACAUCUGCUAUCAAUAUCAGGCAGCACAGUACAUUUCCACUGCUCAUUUUUUCAAGAAAAAGUUGUUCCACCCGGUGGCAAUACAACAUUUGAUGUAGUAUUUUUAGCCCGCGAGGAGGGAAAUGUAGAAAAUACUUUAUAUAUUCAUACCUCUGUGGGGUCUUUUUCUUAUAAUGUUUUUGGAGUGGGAAUACCUAAUCCAUAUAGGUUAAGGCCAUAUUUAGGAGCUAAAGUUCCACUGAAUAGCAGUUUUACUCCCAUAAUAAAAAUACAUAAUCCCUUCAGCUCAACAUUGCAGGUAACUGAAAUGUUUUCCAGUGAAGGAGAUUUACAUUUAGAACUACCAUCAGGGGAUAUAGAAGCCCCGAGGAGUUUAUGGGAGAUCCCUCCCUAUGAGACAAAGACUGUUAUGAAGGCGAAUUUUGUAGGGAGGGUGGAAAAUAACCAUACUGCCUUCAUUCGAAUAAAAACAAACCAAGAGCAAAUGAACAAUGUAGUUAUUUUACCUGUCGAAGUGGAAGUUAGUUCAGUUCCUGGUCUAUAUUCCCCGGCAGAGAUGAUAGAUUUUGGUAUCAUACGAACACUUGACGACCCAGUGACUGUCAGCCUCAAUCUUGUCAACACAGGAUACAAGCCAGUCCACAUUUCAGGUGUUUCUGUCUCUCCGCCCAAUGAAGCUAUAAGCAUUGAUUUUCGUCCAACCAAACUACAGCCAGAUAUUUUAAGACACACCUCUGUGGCUAGAAUUACUUUCAAUGCUGAGAAAGCCCUGCAUAGGAAACAGUGGUCAGGAAAAAUCAUAGUGAAAUCAAAAAAUGGCCAGCACAAGAUUAUAAUUCCUUAUAAGGCAACAGUACUCCAUGGGUCUUUAGUUCACACCUUCAACAACACCUACUUUUUUAGCGCCCGAGAGAUCUGGAACAUCACUCGAGCGAUGACUUUUACCAAUACCUUUAACUUCUCUGUUGUUCUUUACAACAUUUCUAUUCCUUCCCAGUACCGCCAUUUCUUCUCAAUUCAAAAUUUUACUGUUCCUUUUACUCUGAAGCCAAGGAGGACUUCAACACCUUUUUACCUUCAGUUUCAUCCGAAUGAAACACAACUUCAUUUUACUACAUAUUUAACUCUGCAUACCAACGCCUCAACUUUUACAAUUCCAAUUGUAGUUUACAAUGGUCUUCUAAAGGUUAUUCCACAUAGACCUGAAAAGUUCAAAGGUCAAUUUGAUUUUGGCACUAUGGGGGUGAAAGAAAAAAGAAGUAUGAUAUUUACUUUACGGAAUGAUAACCCAAUAGACGUUCAUAUAGGGGAAGUAACUCCUGAUAUGAAUGGUACUAAGGUGUUUUUUCUGGGUAUGGAGAAAGGGAAUGGGACUAUGUUAACUCAGAAACAUAACAUCACAGAGGUGGAUUACAAUUUUUUGAAGAUCAAGCCAUACCAUUUUGCAGUGUUUAGAUUGAAUUUAACAGCGCCGGACCAUGAGGGAAUGUUUGCGUCAGACAUGCUGAUAACGACCCAGUUUGAGGACAUCUGGAUUCCUAUAGCUGUCCGUACAGCUGAUGGGAGUCUCAUAGCCAUACCAGAGUCCCUGCACUUUGAUAAAAUGUAUCCUGGUAUGGUGGAUUUCCGAGUUUUACAGAUUCAUUCCACAUUCCGCGAUAAGAUGGAGGUAAUAGGUGUAACAUUCCAGCCACCAGACAGUAGAUUUUAUUAUCAGCCUCCCAACACAGACAAAAUACUCCUGUUUCCAGAUAAACACACUAAUGUUGGAAAAAUAUAUUUUGAUGCCAAAAGAGAGUGUAAAGAUGAUUGUUAUGUAGGCUUAGCAACAAAUACACCUGCUGGUCAGCAGUGGUUGAUAGGCCUAGCAUUAUUUCAAGAUGCCAUAGAAACAGACAGAUACUUAUACUCCAAGCUGCAACAAAAGUGGCGGACAAUUCAUAGGUCCAGUUUAAAUACUGCUAAUGUUACGAUAGAAAUGGAUACUGAUGAAGUUCGAGGAUUUCUCUACUCUGCUCAAGCUCAUCUUCAUUGGCCAUCCCUUGUCAGAAAGUGCCACAUUAAGUUUCCACUGACUCAAAUAGGCAACAUUUCAAUAUCUGAUUUUAUUGUUGAAAAUCCUGGAGAUAUUCCUGUUUUAAUCCAAAUUUUACCAUUACCACUUUAUCCCAACCCACAGAUUAUCACAGAUCUCUUAUACAGAAAUUUUAGAUUUUCUACGGAUCCAGGCGAUACCAUAGAAAUGGAUGACAUGGACAUUUUUACUUUACCUGAUUUAGAACAAUACAACCCGAGUCGACAGAACCCUGUUCCAGGUUUUAGGAGACACAUAGAAACUUCAUUAGGAGUCAAGCCCCACAAACAGAGCAUAGCCACAAUACUGCAGCCAGGGGUGAAGGUCAAGGUCAGAGUGGGGUUCCAGCCCAGGGACGAUAUUUCUAGAACUUCUAUAAUACUCAUCAGGAAUAAUUUAACAAUAAUAGAUGCAAUAGUUGUACAAGGCCAGGGAGGUAGAGGCGAGAUGAAGCUCAGCAACAAGAGACCAGGCUCUGCCAUUCCAUUACAGUUUGAUAUCACCGAGAAACACCUCAAAAACUGUGAUAAAAAGAAGCAAGCAAAGAAUACAAUGGUACCCAAUUUUACAGUCAGAAGAUCUUUUACUCUCAAAAACACAGGGGAACUCCCUUUCUUCAUACACAGCUAUAGCAUAAAUGGAUCGCCCUGUGAGGGCUAUGGUUUCCGAGUUUUAGAUUGUGAGGGAUACGAGAUGCUACCCAACACCAGUCGAAAAAUAGACAUAGCGUUUACCCCCGAUUUUACAAUGUCCAGAAUACGAAGAAUUUUAACUAUACACAGCAGCUUAGGACCUGUAGCUAACUACACCCUGCAGGCUACUAUCCCCCCACACACUCUCUCUCGUUGUUCCUCCGCUCUCCCCCGCCCUAAUUGGGAACCAGUUUUAUACUACUCAAUAACCUGUGUCAUGGCUUUUCUACUAUUCUGCAUUCUUGUGGCAGCAUAUUUUGAAGCUGAUAGAAUAUUCGUGGCAGAUAUUAUUCGAAGGAAGAUCAAGUAUAGUAAUGCGACACAAGCUUUUGACAAAAGUAAAAUAUUUGAUCUCAAACAAGUGGCAGGAAUUACAUCAACACAAACUCCAUCCCUUCCUACGAAAGUUACGCAAGUACCACCCUCUCUCUCUCAAAAUAAUAAUGUGACUACCAAAGCAGUGAUCAACUUAAGCAAUGGUCAUGUGGAACACAGAAGUCAGAAGGAAUCCUUUGGUAGUACUCUUCUCAAAAUUUUUAAGAGGUUAUUUGCUUCUAAACCAUCAAGAUCCAGCAAUAAUAAGAAAUCUAAGGUAGAGAAGGCAGAACCAGUCAAAGAAGAACCAUUUCAGUCCCAGCAGGUGCCGAAGAACAAAUCGGCUGAUGAGCGAGUAUCCGCCAACCAGGAAUCCGAGAAAUCCAACAUUACACAGAAAACUAGGAACAAAAAGGCAGCACGCAGACAACACUCGACCGAGUUUGUAACCUCUCAAGGUGAAGGUUACAAUGGAGGUCACCCCGAGACCAAGCAGAACGAUACCAGUCUCUCACAGUACAGUCGUCAGACAAGCAGUGAAACCAGUGAUAAGGUGUACAAAAACUCCCACAAGACCACCACUUCUUCAGGAUUGGACGAUUUAAUCCUUUUGGAGGAUGCAAAAUCAGAAAUGAAUGAAGCUAAGAUGAAGAAUCGUAAGAAGAACAGAAACAGACCAGAACUCCCCCGAUACAUGACUCAAGCAAGUGUUGAUGAUGAAACAUCGUCCACUUCCACUGAAUCUUCUGUUGGAGAAAUUGAGGAGAAGAGCUCCAGUGCACGAGACUCCACUCCCGAACCCCAGCACCAACCCAAACCCAAAAAAUCUAAACCACGAAUCGUCAAAACCACCGGACAUUAUGACAGCACCAUAGAUGAUGCCGACUUUGAGUUGACCUCCAAAUCCAAAGGUCACAAACGCAUCAAGAGCAAGUCGAAGGAUGUUUACGGAGGAGACAUAUUCCACCCUGAUUCUUUGGAAUUGCCGUAUGAUAUGGAAAAACUAGAGAAGAAGGAAAAAUCCAAGAAAAAGGCCCUGAAACUUCAGUCCUUGAAAGGUGACUCGGAAAGUUCUGACAGCCGCGGUAGCCAGGAUGAGCCGAUUCCUAACUGGGACAUGCCUGUCAACUCCCCUGAUGAAGACUUGAGUGAACUUGCCCAACAGACAGCCCGAUUUGCCCAGAAACAUGGAAAGAACAUUACCCCGAACGGAACUGGCCCAGAUCUCCUCUCCGGAAGUUCUCGGUCCAGCAGCUACAGCGAUAUCGUGAAUAGCAAUGAGAAUGGAAAAAGCAAAGAGCCUCGUCGUAGCCAUACCUUCCCAGGAGUCACCCCAGAAAAUCUUCCAGGUGCGAUUGGAACCAAGGCUAGAGCUGCCCCAGUGGGAUCUGGAAAAGGACGCAAUGUUUGGAAUGCCACCCCACCCACCACCCCAGACUCAGUGCUUGGAAGCUUUGGACUUCAGACUAUUCAGGAAACCAAUCGUGUGUCUACAUCUGAGACCAUCCUGCCCACAUCCACCCCGAGCAGCCCCCAUGUAGCCCCGGACGUGCCCGCUGAUCCAUUUGCCCCCGCUGAUGGUCCUUUCUCUGGUAACUUUAUGAACUACACAAGUGCCCCUGGUUACGAGGCCCCUCAGACCAUGAUGCAGAGACUCCAACAGGAGCGACGAAUCAGGCUGCAGGAACACCGACGAAGGGUGAUGCAAGGAGAGGAGUGGCCAGGCUUUGACGUCCCCCCAGUGGGCAGUGAGAGUCUGUGGGACAAUGAAUACAACCCCAUGUCAGCUAAAUGGCCUGCUGGACCUGAUACCCCUGCAUCACUACAGGGCCCAAACAGUCUGUGGAGCACACUGACCAACAGUGCCAACAACAGCUGGAACUCUCUGAUGAGCUUCACCUCUGGCUGGGGAGGACCUCAGGCGAGCACAGGUGCUGAGACCACCACCACAGACUCGGCCCCACCCAGAACUCUGCAGGAAAUGGACGCUGGCCAGGCCUUUAAUCCGUUUAACACCAUGUCAGACAUCUGGGGACCAAACGCCCCCACCACCACUUCUGGUUGGAACAUCCCCCCCAAGACUGAAGAGCAAAUGUGUGAUUUAAUUUUGCCUCCCUCGCCUCAAUGGUACUGUAGCAAAAUCAUCGAUUUCAACACGAAAGGCAUUGUUGUGUUUGGAGCAAGACACGAUGUUUUCGUUUUGGAUGCAUCUAUCAUCCCACCGAUCUAUAAAGCACAAUGUUGUCUUCACAAAGAGCGUAUUUCAUCCCUGGCUCUCAAUGAGUCGAAUAUUUGUUGUAGUGCAUCUGAAGACGGGAAAGUGAAAGUAUGGAGUAUCGACAACCCCAUGGAGGCCAUCGCUGAUCACAAUACGCACAGAGGUAAAAUUAGUUGUAUUACUUGGUCAUCUGAGAACUCAGAUGUUGUGGUCAGUGGAGAUGAUGGGGGUCAGAUUAUUGGAUGGCAGUAUCAUGAAAACAGGACUGUAUGUUACUGUCCUGAGUCAGCACCCAUAGUCUACCUGGCAUGCUCCAACCUCAUAGAAACACAGGUGGCUAUUGGAUACAAGACUGGAGUUGUUUUGAUUAUAGAGAUGAAGGAUUGGAGAGAGGGGCGUGUCCUACAGAGACUGAGGGGACACGACGAGGACGUCUUAUGUGUGGCCUGGUGUCCCGUUCCUGGGGAAAAUUUCAAAACAUACCAAGAUCUGGAUAAUCCCAACAGUCAGUCACCCAAUGCUGAAGCAGAUGCUGUGAAACCCAUGGAUUUUGGAUCAGAAGGACAUCUGUUGGCCUCCAGCAGUAAAGAUAAAACUGUGAGGAUUUGGAGCUCGCUCAGAGGGAGACAAAUCGCAGUGUUCAAGUCUCCUAAGUCCAAUCAGUUUGCCCGUGAGGAUAAAACUAAAUCGUGGUCAACUUUGUUAUGGAAUCCAAACAAUGCAAACCAUGUCUAUGUCAGCUCCUCUGGGGGUGAGAUUUUAAGGUGGAAUCUUGAUUCGGGUCCCUCACAGAAGCCAGCCUCCAUCAGCUCUGCGAAGGUGCUCAGCCACAACCGCCCCGUCUUCUGUAUGUGUGCAGGGGGACUCAACAACUCGCUCAUGUGUACAGUGUCUAUGGACAGACAGAUGAUAUUCUGGAAUCUGCCCCAGUCUGUGCCAGUUUGUGCAGUGCCCACUUUAGGAGGAUUUGUGUAUGCUGUCAAGACAUCUCCCAUUGAUCCAGGGAGACUUGCCAUAGGUGUUGGAGACAGUAUGAUACGACUGUGGAAUAUGAACAACUCAGUCAACCCGUUCGAUGUCACGGUUCUCUGGCAGGGCAUAAAGUCCAAGGUCACAGCACUUGCCUGGCAUCCAGUGAAGGAGGGACGUCUAGGAUUCGGUACAGACGAUGGCCGAGUGGGCGUUUUUGAUACCUUGUCUAAUAAACCACCCAGUAUAUCUUCCCACUAUCACAGAAGAACGGUCUAUGUUGUUGCUUGGGGUCCAGCAUGUUCAACAGUGUCUGAGGAAGAAAAUGAGACUUUGUUUGUAAUAUACAGUGUGGGAGAUGGUAUCAUCCUGUCACAUGACCCCAAAAAAUUUCAGAAUGAGGCCCAGGACAUAAAUUCAGUCAUUUUCAAAAUGAAUGGGCCAAAGCAAAGAGUUCCAAUUCGAAGUGAAGUAAGCUGGAAUCCAGACUUUUCCUUGGUUGCCAUUGGCAAUGAUGACGGCUCUGUUGAAAUCUACAAGUCUGGAUCCUUCAAACUAUUAUGUGUGGUUCAUAUUCAUCGAAAACUAGUGAACAGCAUUCAGUGGCACCCCAUCCACAAUGUGGAGACCUCAUCCAGUCAGAAAUACUAUAUAGCCACUGGUUCUAAUGAGGCCACAAUACAGAUAGUGGACUUGUCAUCAGUACUAGGUGGGAAGCUGCAUGAGGCUGUGGAUGAGGUGGUGCUGAUUUCGGAGGCUAAGACUACAUUGUUUGGACACAAUAACAGGAUUGUGGGUCUGCAGUGGAGCCCUCACGAUGACAACACACUGGCCUCUGUGUCUUUUGAUGGCACUGCUCGGGUUUGGGAUGUGAGUAAAGGUCAGACGAUUGCCAGUUACCAUGGACACCGAGGUCGUCUGCUUUGUGUGCAGUGGAGCGGAUCUGAUCCAGAUGUAGUAUUCACAGGUGGAGAAGACUUUACGUUCCAUAAGUGGAGAGUUUCAAGGAAUCCAUACUCUGCAGAAGAUGAUGCUCAAAGAAAGAAAAAGACAAAAUCUAGAGGAAGAAAGAAAACUCUAAAAGAUGCAGAUGACAAAAACACUUCCAGAGAGGUCAAGGGGUCAAAGACGGAUCAUCCAGAAGAGGAUAAAGGGUCAACUCAGCAUAAUGAGGUGAUUGUUACAGAGUCAUCAGUUACCUUGGAUACCAGAACUCAGGCCAGUUUGGAUGAGUUGCUACUGAAGAAAAAGGCAGAGCUGGAAGGAACAGAAUAUAUGCCUAGUGAAGACAUUGAAGCACUACAGGUUCCUAGGGAGACUACUAUAGAAAAACAAAAGCAGAAUGCAGCUAUUGUGCAACCUUCAAAGAAUCUGAUGGACACUGAUUCAUCCACAAAGAGCAACGAAAAUAAAAAUCAUUUGACAAAGGAUGCGAAGAAACGAAGAUUAUCCAAGCCAAAAUCUCUAUUUCCAUUGUGUGGUCGUCAUGAAAAUCGUGGAAGGGAAUUGGUUUUGGAGGACAUAGUUGUACUGGCCCAAAUCAUUUAUGAGAGGGCACAGGUUGAGAAAUUGACCGCUAAUACAGUGGAGUUUGAUGCAGAAGAACAUAUAAGUCUUGGAUUUUACCUGCCUGGCAGGAGAGCUAUUCUGCAAUGCUUGACUCUAGAAGGUUUGAGCCACAAAGACAAUGACAACAUGGAUUACUACUACCAACUGGAGAUUUGGAAAGGAAAUAUAAAUGGAGUCCUCCGGCAGGCCCGCGAGAGGGAGGAGCUCUCCGACUGGCUGGUUGCUAUGGCACCAAUGGCUGCCUUUGAUACCUGGACGACCGUGUGUGAGGAUUACGCCACCCAGCUAGAGCAGGAGGGACAGUACCACAAAGCCGCCACCUACCUGCUGGCGGCCCACAAAGUCUACAGCGCCAUCGACCUCUUCAAAAGGCACCGCCUCUUUAAGGAAGCCAUUGCUCUAGCCAAGGUCCGUCUAUCUCCGAUUGACCCAGUUCUGGAGGAUCUAUAUACAUUGUGGGCGCACCAACUUACAAAAGACGGAAACUUUGAGCAAGCAGCUAAAUGCCAUCUUGCCAUGCAGCAGGUUCAGAAUGCGGCAGUCCUGUUGGCGCGGCGAUACAACUGCACUACAAGCCUUCAGACCGCUGCCCGAGUUUCCAUGAUCGGCAAUGAAAAGCAGUCAGGAAUGGCAUAUGCCCACAAGUUGCUGCAACAGUUUUUGCUAAAAUGGGAAUGGAGUCAGGCCUAUGCAUAUCUGAAAGAGCAAAAAGCAUUUCAGGCAAUGAUUGCAGUUAGCGGAAUGCAUGAAUUGGUCGUCAAGGAGAUUCAAAAUCACAACCCAGAAAUCUUAGCUGUGGAUGGCGAUAAAUUCUCAAAAUGGCAGAGCAAUUCCAAAUUGUUCCUACCAGAUUUCAUCCUUGACAACAAGGAUAGAGAUACUUUAUCACCAUGGAAACCCUGGUUGAUUGAUGGUUUGACCUUUCCUCAUCAUGCUUUGAGAAUAUUCUACAGUAACCUAGGAAUCGUCAUGGAUACGGAAAGUUUGGAGGAGAUGUACAAAUCCCUCAGUAUCCUACAGGCUGGGAAACAAAGCCAAGAGGAAAUUCAUCAGCUAUUGAUUCAGAUUAGUGUGGACUUGGUUCUUUGCAUGCUGUCGUUCUUGAUGUCUGAGACUCCAACCGCUAUAUCUCAUCUCAUCCAUGCCAUCAGCAGUCUCCAAGAGGCCGGACAUUAUGUUGUCAUGGAAACUAUCAUCAGAUUGUUUCUGCCAUUAGGACCUAAGUACAUGUUGAAGCUCCAACAAGAAAUCACCGCCGUAAGAGUUGUUAUCAGUAUGGAACGCAAAAGUAAUUAUGACGGGGCUGCAAAAGUGCAUACCAUCAAACGCUACUUGACAGAGAUCAAGGACGAGGACUCUGUGUCGUGCGGAGGCUUGAGGUGUCGGGAGCUGGAUUGUCUAAGGGCCUACUAUUAUCUGGCAAUCCUGAACUCUCUGAAUCAUCAGCCAACUGCUGAAACAAUGGAAAAAUCCAGCAGCAGGGAGCAAACUGUAGGUAAAGCUGUUAAUCCUUCAGUACCAGAAGGAACAUCAGUUGAUUCCACAGAAACUGUGAAGCUUGAGGCAAGUGGGAAGGAAUCAGAAAGUGAAUGUACAGUACAGAAAAGUGAUAAUGAAUCCAAAGAAACUGCAAGUGAAAAUAAAGAAGAUGCAUCUCCAACCACUGUGUCUGAGCAGAAAACCUCUCCCAUUGAAAAUGAGUUUUCUGCUGCUGGCUCCGAGAGCAAUGUAGUUGUAGAUAUUGACAUCAAAACAGAGCCUACAGCUGCUUCAGCCUCAAACGACCAAAACAAAGCAAGUGAUACAUCUACAAACAAUGACAAAGAAGAGAAUAAGAUAAAAAAGACUGAUCUACCAAGUGGACUAGAAGUGGAGAGCCCAAAAAGUGUGGCAGUGAGUGACUUUCAGAGACAGUGUAGUGACAGCGAAAGGACAGAUCUAUCUCAGCUAACUUUAUCCCAGCUCUGCCAUUUAUCCAGGGGUCUUCUGUGGGAUGUUCAAGGAAAACGAUACGCAUUGAUGGAAACACUGGGCUACAUUCACAAAGCCAUAUCUCAACUUCUCUUGGCUCAGAAGCCCAACUCUCUUUCCUCUAGUCAAACAGAUAUUCACAGUGAGACAAAAGCUGAGAGAGACUAUGGGCAUGGACAUGUAUCUUCGCUGGAGGAAGAGAGGGACGGGUUGCCGGGAAUAUUCCCAAGACAGCCUCACUUUCAUAGUGCUGUGAUGAAAAAGAGACACAACAGUGAACCUCUCUAUGAUCUUCCAGGAGUCUCGGAGGACAUUCUAUCUCAUUUUCACCAUCAUAAUCACCAUCAGCCCCAUUUCUCCAGGUCUUUUUCAUCAGAUUCCCAGGCCUUGGAGUCUAACACUAGAGAGCACCUUUGCCCAACUCAUAGUGCCCAGGACAUGAACUCUGAAAACUCUUUUGACAUCUGUGUAUCGUGUGAGAUGUUGAACAAAUCUCGUAGGGUAUUGUGGGAAGAUGAGCCCCAUCUCGGAACAGAACAUUCUGGGAAAGCCAACCUUACCAACCUCAUCAAUCCUGCCAAAUACAUAAAUGUACCAGAUGAGUGGUACAAUAUGUCAGCUGAUCAAAAAUACUCAAUGCCUUACGUUACCAUGGCGAUUCUUAAGGACGAGCAGGAAUACAUGAUGCAUGAGCUUAGAAGGGGCCCAGACAAUUUACAGGUUCCCUUUCCCAACCCUUUGGACUCGGUGAAACUUCUGCUGAACAUUUGUCACUCACAGCUGAAGCAGGAGGAUGCCAACUGGUUCGCUGAACGAGUGGUUGCCUGGUCUCUCAAGUUCUCUGUGUCCGCCCAACAGAAAGAGACAGUAAUGGAGCUUCUCCACAGAACACUCACUCACUGAGUAAGUGGCCCAAAGGAAACUCACUGAGUAUGUGGUCCAAAAGGAAACUCACUGAGUAUGUGAUCAAUAAGACACUCAAUGAGUAUGUGAUCCAUAGGACACUCACUGAGUCUGUGACCCAGAGAAAACUUACUCACCGAGUCCUUGGCCCAUACUCACUGAGUUUGCAACCCAUAGGAUGCUCACUCACGGAGUCUGUGACCAGUCAAGGUUCAUCAUGAAGGGAUACGCAUCUGUAGGGAAAUGUUAUAUGUACAUUGCCCUGAUUGUGAUACAUUAGGUUGUCUGUUUGUUAAUCAGUGAUUAACAGCCAAUUUGAAAGUUGGUUCAUUUUCUUCAAAAAUAGUCAAAAAUUGUUGUCAUGGGUCAGGUUUUGAAAAAACCUGAUUUUUAUCAAAAUAACCUGUAUUGAUCAGUUAUUAGAGCAAGCCCAAGACCCUUGAAUUUCGAGAUAAAAUCACAAAAUCCUGUGGAAUAAUGAGAAUUUCUGGAGUACCAAGUAAUAUUGAAAGAGAGUAGAAGGUUUCACCUAGACCAUUGUAAUGUACUGAGUUCCUGAUUAAAGCACAAAAAUUCCCUUGGCACUGUUAAAAUGGCAAGAUUAGUUUUAGAAACAGAAUUGUGUUACAUUAUUUUUACCUUUGGGCAUUACAUUGGUGUUCCAUGUUUGUUUUUGUCAGAUUUUACUUCUGCAUAAACAUAUGCCACGUUCAAUAUUUUGCCAUUUGUAGGAACCCCCCUCCCCCUUCCCUUAAAAACAGAUCUACACCUUAAUACUUUCAAUAUUGUCUUAAAAUCAAACUUUAACCUUUAUAUGAUGUUGAAUGCUUAAUCUAUUUGUUUUGCCAGAGAGAGAGAGAGAGAGAGAGAGAGAAAGAGAGAAAUGUGGAAAACAUUUGUUCAAUCAAACUGUGCAUAUAUUACUUUAUUUGUAUAUAAACAACAUGGUAAAUUAAUGUGCACAACAUGCUGCUAUCAAUGUGCUACAUAUGCUAGAGCUUGAGAUGAAAUAACAAGGUACUCAACUGUUUCUGUUGCUCAACUGUUUACUGCAUAUAGUUGUGGUUUCAUCCUGAAUAAAUGGAGAAAUAUCUGAA